AUGUUUAAAUUAGCAUCAAGAAAUUUAUUUAAAGCAUCAACAAUUACUAAACCAUCAACAAUUUCAUCAAUUGGUUCAAUAAGAACAAAAUAUUCAUUACCAGAAUUAGAUUUUGAAUUAGAUGCAUUAGAACCUUACAUUAGUGGACAAAUUAAUGAUUUACAUUAUAAUAAACAUCAUAAAACUUAUGUUGAUAAUUUAAAUAAAUCAAUUGAAACUGCUGUUGAAGCAAAAUCAAAAGGAGAAGUUAAAAAAUUAAUUGCUUUACAAAAAGCUAUUAAUUUUAAUGGUGGUGGAUAUGUUAAUCAUUGUUUAUGGUGGAAAAAUUUAGCUCCUCAAUCAAAUGGUGGUGGACAAUUACCUUCUGAAGAUAGUGCAUUAGGUAAACAAAUUAUUAAACAAUUUGGAUCAAUUGAAAAAUUAAUUGAAUUAACAAAUGCAAAAUUAGCAGGUAUACAAGGUUCAGGUUGGGCUUUUAUUGUUAAAAAUAAAGAAAAUGGAGGAGAAAUUGAAAUUAUUACUACAGCUAAUCAAGAUACUAUUACAGAUCCAAAUUUAAUUCCUUUAAUUGCUAUUGAUGCUUGGGAACAUGCUUAUUAUUUACAAUAUCAAAAUGUUAAAGCUGAUUAUUUUAAAGCUUUAUGGAAUGUUAUUAAUUGGAAAGAAGCAGAAAGAAGAUUUGAAUUUUAA